UAAAGAACUAAAGCCCAAUAAGCCUAACAAUGAGCUUGACAUGGACACUUGAAGUUUCAAAUAACAAGCCUGACUAACUAAAGAACAUGUUCACUAAGCUCAAGCGCAGCAAUUUUCUUAAACCCUAGACCUCAAUAUUGUGGAAGACAACAUCAAAAAUCAAAUUCAAAAUGUCUGAUAGAGAAGAUUCUGAUUCAGAUGCACCAGAGGAGUUCACAUCAGAACAGGCAAUAAAGCAGGAUGAAGUUAUAAGAAAAGUUCAGAAAGAAAAUAAAGCUAGAGUUGCUCGUGAGGGUAAAGAACGCCGCAGACAAUGGGCACAGAGGAAAACCCCACGACCAUCUAAAGGAGAUGAUAAUGUACAAAAUGUAAAGGAAACUGAAACAGAAAAGGAGUUACUGGAUACUGCAGAAAUGCUUCCCAAUGACAUUGUUCAGCUGCUUGCAGCUCGUGAGAAGAAAAUUUUCUUAUCCGACUCGGAGGAUGAGAAGGUUGAGGCAGAGCUGCCUCCAAGAAAGAAAAAGCUCAAAAGUUCAGGGAUGGAGACUGUUAUCUUGAAGGAUAUGUCACCUCCGCAAUGCUUACAGAACUCCUUGCAGUUUUUGAAGAAAAAGAAAAUGCAGGUUUCAAGAUCGUCUUCUGUUUUGAACAACUCCAACCAAGCACUUCGCCUUAUUUCUACUCUGGGCUUGUUAAGUAAGAAAUGACAAGCUUGUUUGUAUUCAUGUUAUGUAUUCUUUUGUGAUAUUGAGUACCAUAAAACCAGUGCAUGACCAGAAGAGGUAUUCAUUAUUUCAUAUGCGUUUCACAUGCUCAUUCUAUGUCAAAGCUAUUCUUAGAUUGCUCUCAGCUGCUUUACUAAAGCACAUUUUGUAUUGGAUGAAAUACUGCAAGGCUCCUGUGGUAUCUUCUGAGGGGAUUCUUAACCAAUUGGCAGUUUGCCUGCAAUAGUUUGUAGCCUGAUGAGGAAUGAAUCUUAAGAUGGAUUUAUAA